GCCCCCCGCCGCGCGCUCCGCGGGCGCCUGCGACGCCCCGCCUCUGGCUCGGGUGCGGGAGCGGGGCCUGCCCGGACUGCGACGCCGCCACAGCUUGGGGCCAGUUCGCCCAGUCAGGGGGAUGGCUCGGUCGGCCUCGGGGGUCGACGAUCCCCCCGGUAGGCGACGUGCCCUGUCCAGGCCUCACUUCCCGCGUCCGCAAAACGGGGUGGAGAACGCAGCCUAAGGCAGAGCCGCGCCAAGGUCCCUCGCUGUCGCCGGGCUCUGGCAGCCUGACCGGGCCUGGGGUCCGAGCGUGCCCGUGGGCCUGCGGGGGUCGCCGCGAUGGACUCGCUGGCAGCGCCCCAGGACCGCCUGGUGGAGCAGCUGCUGUCGCCGCGGACCCAGGCCCAGAGGCGGCUCAAGGUGCGUGUGUGGAGAGGGCGGAACGUGGGUCUGUGACCCCGCGGGCUCCGGGACUCGGCAUGGGGUCCCCGUCCCCGCGCGUCACGGCCCGCCAGCGUCUAGGCUCAGCCCUUCCCUCCGCAGCGGCCUCGCAGGUCCGCGGCCCCACGGUGGGGCGACGUGCCCUGUCCAGGCCUCACCUCACGCGAUUCCAAAACGCGGCGGAGAAUGCGGCCGUGGGACCCCUCCAGGGGCCCCAAGGGUCUGCGGGGGCUGGGCGCCUGGGCGCGCGGGCGGGGGAGGCUCGGUGCCGCGGUCUAUAAAUAGGCGCUGCUCCGCCACCGCCGCUGCCGCCACCCCCGCGGCUGGAUCCGGGCCAGGUGGGGCCUCCCGCCCCCUGGCACUCUCCGGAGGGGACAUUGACAAGCAGUACGUGGGCUUCGCCACACUGCCCAACCAGGUGCACCGCAAGUCGGUGAAGAAAGGCUUUGACUUCACACUCAUGGUGGCUGGUGAGUCAGGCCUGGGGAAGUCCACACUGGUCCACAGCCUCUUCCUGACAGACUUGUAUAAGGACCGGAAGCUGCUCAGUGCUGAGGAGCGCAUCAGCCAGACGGUAGAGAUUCUAAAACACACGGUGGACAUUGAGGAGAAGGGAGUCAAGCUGAAGCUCACCAUCGUGGACACGCCGGGAUUCGGGGACGCUGUCAACAACACCGAGUGCUGGAAGCCCAUCACCGACUAUGUGGACCAGCAGUUUGAGCAGUACUUCCGUGAUGAGAGCGGCCUCAACCGAAAGAACAUCCAAGACAACCGAGUGCACUGCUGCCUGUACUUCAUCUCCCCCUUCGGGCAUGGGCUGCGGCCAGUGGAUGUGGGUUUCAUGAAGGCAUUGCAUGAGAAGGUCAACAUCGUGCCUCUCAUCGCCAAAGCUGACUGUCUUGUCCCCAGUGAGAUCCGGAAGCUGAAGGAGCGGAUCCGGGAGGAGAUUGACAAGUUUGGGAUCCAUGUAUACCAGUUCCCUGAGUGUGACUCGGACGAGGAUGAGGACUUCAAGCAGCAGGACCGGGAACUGAAGGAGAGCGCGCCCUUCGCCGUUAUAGGCAGCAACACGGUGGUGGAGGCCAAGGGGCAGCGGGUCCGGGGCCGACUGUACCCCUGGGGGAUCGUGGAGGUGGAGAACCAGGCGCACUGCGACUUCGUGAAGCUGCGCAACAUGCUCAUCCGCACGCAUAUGCACGACCUCAAGGACGUGACGUGCGACGUGCACUACGAGAACUACCGCGCGCACUGCAUCCAGCAGAUGACCAGCAAACUGACCCAGGACAGCCGCAUGGAGAGCCCCAUCCCGAUCCUGCCGCUGCCCACCCCGGACGCCGAGACUGAGAAGCUUAUCAGGAUGAAGGAUGAGGAACUGAGGCGCAUGCAGGAGAUGCUGCAGAGGAUGAAGCAGCAGAUGCAGGACCAGUGACGCUCGCCGCGGACACACCGUCCGUCUCCGGGACGCCCUCGCACCCCUGGACCCCAGACCGGACUGUUCCCGACCCGGAGACGCGGGGCCACAGCCCCCAGCUGACCCUAAUUUAUUCUCAGCACCACCCCCUCCCAGGUCAUUGUGUCUGCUUCCGAGGGGCCUGGACCGUAGCCCCCGCCCAGCUGGCCCUCUCUGACCUUGGGGGAUCAGGAGCGAAGUUGGGCGGGACUUCAGAGAUCCGCCUCCCUUGCCUUUCCCCCGCCCCCGGACGGUCACAGCACCCAAACCGCAGGCCCUGCUCUGGCAGGCAGGCAAAGCUAGGCAGAAGAGGAUUCCCAGGAUCCUGGGUCUGUUCCUUGCCCCAGUGCUGCAGAACGGACUUGGGAGCCCUCCUUUGCCUGCUCCCGCGGGUCACCCAGCGAGUGCUGAGGCCCUAUUUUCUGUCGAGGCGGGCCGAGUCUUCUCUUAUCCUCAGACGCCUAGCGGGCAGGGUUGGGCUGAAUCAAAUGGGAGCCCUCCAGACAUAAGGAGGCCAGAGGCUGCAAGGAGCGGGGCCGUGACCGCUUACACCCCUUCUCCACAGCCCGGCCCGACCUGGAGGGCCCCCGGGGCACUGGGCGGUGAGCCACCUCCUGGCAACUCUCGGUGCGGUCCCCUGCCCUCACUCGAGGCCUCUUCUCCCCAGCACCGCUGUGGUGUGCCGGGAUCCUGAGCCUCGGCCUCCCGAUCUUCCCACCCGCAUGAUCCCUUCCCGCCACACGAUGCUCCGUUUUGUUCCGUUGUGAAUGCCGCGUCCUGUCCUGGUGACAGGAGAACAAUGUUGGUGAACGUC